UGCCUUCAGACUUUUUCUGAUCAGACCUUCUUCCCAAUAAACCUACCCACCAUUUCUUUAUUGUCCUAAUCACUAUAAGUUGACAUUAUCUCAAGAACACGAAGAAGAAGAUCUUAACUUCAUCUCUCUGCAUCUUCAUCCGUCUUUCAUCAACCUUCCCCCAUGGCCGAUCAUCACAACCAGCAGAAACGAAUCCACCCACUCACUGACGUCGAGGCACCACCACGAUCACCCUCACCCACCCAACCUUUAUUCCCCAAAAACACCUCCAAGUCGUCCGACGACCACCACCGCUCUCCAUCUCCGCAACAGCUUCCCCAAAGAACCUUCCCGGUGAGCCACUCGAAGCCACCAAAGAGAAAAAGAAGCUGCUUGUGCAAGUUCCUAUGCUGGAUCUUUUCUCUCCUCUUAAUCCUCAUAGUCGCCGUCGGCAUAACAGUCGGAAUCAUCUACCUCGUCUUCCGACCAAAGUUCCCGAAAUUCUCCAUCGACCAGUUACAGGUUGUGGAGUUCAACCUCACCGGCACCGACAGCAACAACCUCUCCGCCACGUUCGACGCUCGGAUCACCGCCACGAACCCUAACAAGAAAAUCGGCAUAUACUACGAAGGAGGCAGCCGCAUCGAGUCAUGGUACGAGGAAACCAAGCUAGCCAUAGGAUCGUUUCCGAAGUUCUACCAGGGACACAGGAAUACGACGUCGCUUAGUGUCCUCAUGACGGGGCAGACACAGGAUGCUUCUGGGCUGUUCACCAGGUUGCAGCAGCAGCAACAAGAGACAGGGAAUAUUCCUCUGAGGUUGAAGGUGAAGCAACCUGUGAGAGUGAAGCUUGGGAAGUUGAAGCUGUUUAAGGUUAAGUUCAGAGUUAGGUGUACGUUAAUAGUGGAUAGUCUUACUUCUCAAGAUGGUAUUAAGAUUCAGAGUAGUAGCUGCAAGUUUCGUGGGAUUAGGUUGUGAAUAUGAGUAUCAUUGAUUCCAUUGAUCAUAUAUAGUCAUUGAUUAUAUAUUGAUUAAUUAUAUUGCUGUCGCAGAUUAUAUAUUUGAUUUUUUCUUUUUGAAUUUUAGUGUAGUGAUGAUUGAGUUUUUUAUUAAUAAAUAAAAUGCAGAUUUAGAUGUGGUUUC